AUGGACAAGGAAACCAAACAGGAGAACCUUCAGCUAAAUCAUCUACUGUCACGACGGCAUGACGUUGGAGACGGUGACGACGUGCAAGUCGAGUCUGACGAUGAAAGAAAAGAGAGGGGGCAAUGGGGAACAAAGCUGGAUUACAUACUAUCAAUGGUCGGUUAUUGUGUUGGAUUAGGAAACUUGUGGCGGUUUCCAUAUCUUUGUAACAGAAACGGAGGAGGCGCCUUCUUGGUCCAGUUCCUGUUCUUUCUCUUGGUCUGUGGUCUGCCAAUGUUUUUCCUCGAGGUGACGAUCGCCCAGUUCUCUGGAAAAGGACCGACUCGAGUGUGUGACAUCUGUCCUAUUAAGAGGUACAACACUCUGCGUAUUUCGGGUGGACUGGAGGAGAUGGGUGAGCUACAGUGGCAUCUGGUUCUCUGUUUACUGGGGUCGUGGAUCAUCGUCUUCUUCUGUCUGAUACGCGGGGUCAGAUCAGUCGGAAAGGUUGUGUACGUGACGGCCACUCUGCCCUAUCUUCUUCUGUUGAUUCUUCUCAUACGAGGAUUGACGCUGCCAGGCGCCGUAGAUGGGCUGAUAUUUUACUUAAAACCAGACUUCGGCAAGCUACUAGAAGUUCAGGUGUGGCUUGAGGCGUGUCUCCAGGUGUUCUACUCUCUCGGUCCAGCGUGGAGCGGCCUCAUCACCAUGGCCAGCUAUAACAAAUUCAACAACAACUGUGUAAGAGAUUCAAUUAUAGUUUCCUGUAUUAGUGAAGGUACUAGCAUAUUUGCUGGCUUCGUCAUAUUUACAAUCCUCGGAGGUAGUCUCAUCCGAUUUGCUACCUAUGCCUGUUAUUCAGGUCCUGGGUUGGGGUUUGUCGCCUACCCUCAGGCUCUGUCCGGUCUGCCCAUCCCUCAACUCUGGUCUGUCAUCUUCUUCGUCAUGCUGCUCACACUGGGACUCGACUCACAGAUUAAGUUUGACUUCAUGGUGAUUUACCCAUUUUUGAUAAGAGCUUUGAUAUGGCUCUUGAAAGGAGGAAUCUACAUGUUCCAACUGUCCGACUGGUACGUCGCCGCCCUCAUCCUAAUCAUCAGCAUCAUGGAGUGCAUCAUCGUGGCCUGGAUAUACGGUGAGACAUUUCUUACUUUAAGGUGAUAUAUCGAGAAAUGU